AUGUCAUCUGCACAGUCUACCUUUAGGAAAGUCCUAAGAUAUAUGUGCACCACGCAUUUCUGGGGGCCUGUGAGUAAUUUCGGUAUACCAGUUGCGGCAAUGAUGGACUUGAAAAAGGAUCCUGACCGGAUUUCAGGACCAAUGACAGGAUCAUUGAUUCUUUACUCGUGCGUGUUUAUGCGUUACGCUUUAGCUGUCAGACCUAAGAACUACUUGUUGUUUGGGUGUCAUUUUGUCAAUGAGUUGGCUCAGUUAGCUCAAGGAUACCGGUUCUCCAUAGUACAAGCAAUAUACACUCAAUCGAAAGUCAUUCUUGCAAAUGAUGAGAAUUUCAACCAAAUCAUCACCCAACCAGGGAAAUUUACAUUUGUUGAUUUCUAUGCAGACUGGUGUCGUCAUUGUAAGAAGGUCCACCCUAUGAUUGACCAACUAUCGGAGUUGUUUGCCGAUCAUCCCGAGGUUCAAAUAGUCAAAAUCAAUGGUGAUAAAGAUGGCAAGAAGAUGAGUAAAAAAUAUGUUGAAGUUGGAUAUCCUACUUUAUUGUUUUUCAAUAAUGAUCUGGGCGAGAAAGUAGAGUUCAAUGGGGCUAGGGAUGUUACCGCUUUUAGUAAUUUUAUCCAACAGUUGAGUGGAAUCAGAUUAGAGCAACAAAAGAAUGAAGAGGGAGAGGAAGAAGAAGAAGCAAAGAGUAAAAAGGAAAUUGUGCAAGAUGUCGUUAGAUUGACACCGGAACUGUUUGAUGAGCAAAUUCAAAGUAAACCAUUUGCUAUUGUUUCUAUUGGUGCUACUUGGUGUUCAUUUUGUGAGGAUUUCAAAGGAUUAUUUAAGUCAUUAGCUACUACAGCCUUUGCAAGGGAAAAUAAUAAGAUUUUAUUCGGACAAUUUGUAGUGGAUGAUUUUGAAAAUGGGGAUAUUGUACCACAAAGGUACAACGUUCAAUCAUAUCCUACUUUGAUUUUCUUUAAAAACAAAGAUCUUGAAAAUCCAGUGGUUUAUAACGGUAGUAAAAAGAGUCUUGAAAAAUUAGUUGAUGCGAUCAAUUUGUUUACCGGAUCAGCUCGUGAUUUACUGGGUGGUUUGAAAUCUGGUGCUGGGGUAAUCAAUGAUAUUAGUGACAAAUUUAAAAAGGAAAUGAAUCCAAUCGAGUUGUUACAGGAACUAGAAAUGCUUGAAGAUAAUGAAAGUAUUGUUUUUUACAAAUCCAUUUUAGAGAGUUUGAUUAUUGAUCAGCUGUACAUUGAUUUAGAAAAAACCCGAAUCGAACAAAUCUUGAAGAAUGAUGCUAAUCAGUUGGAUGGAGUAACUAUUGAUUCCCUUACCAAAAGACAAAAUAUACUAAAACUGUUAAAGUUGUAUUUGCAUAGACGACAGUAA